AUGCAUGUCUCCUCCGCUUCUCUAGACAUAUUGGAAGACCUGCUCCCUUUCAAAUGUACUGAGCUGCAGAAGGCUUACCUUAAAAGAGAUGUUAUAGAAACGGAGAUCAGAGGAGGUGAUGUUGUCACAGCAAUAGCUGAGUUCUUCAGGAAUGGUCGGUUGCUUAAAGAUCUAAAUACUACAGUCAUUGCACUCAUACCAAAGACGACCUCAUCCUGCAAACUUCAGGAUUAUCGGCCUAUAAGCUGUUGCAACAUCGCUUAUAAAGUGAUCACCAAAAUCAUCGCGAAUAGGCUGAAACCAAUCCUCAAAUCCUCCAUCAGCAGAAGCCAGUCUGCAUUUCUGAAGGGGCAUAGCUUAGGAGAGAAUGUUCUCCUCGCAGCUGAGAUUAUCCGAAGAUAUGAGUCUCCUAAUUGCAGCAGAAGUAGCAUGCUUAAAAUUGAUAUACACAAGGCAUUUGACACUAUCUGCUGGGACUUUGUUACCAAGAUUCUUGAGGUCCAAGGGUUUCCUCCCAUCUUCAUCACCUGGAUCAAGGAAUGUAUCACCACUCCUCGAUUCUCCAUUGCCAUUAACGGAGAGCUUGCAGGGUUCUUUUUGGGGGAAAAGGGGCUUAGACAAGGUGAUGCUAUUUCUCCAUACCUCUUCAUAAUGGUUAUGGAAGUUCUUUCCAAGUUGCUCGAACAUGCGGCUGAGGACGGUCACUUUCGUCUGCACCCGCUGUGUUCAACACCAACAGCCACUCACCUACUAUUUGCGGACGAUCUCCUUGUGUUUACUGAUGGCUCACGUCACUCCAUCUCUGGUGUUAAGAAUGUUAUGGCCGGGUUUAAGGAGUGGUCAGGUCUUGAUAUGAACUCUGAGAAAUCAGAGAUAUUUUUUGGAGGUUACUCUGAUCUUGAAUGUGCUGUCAUCAGUGAUAUUUAUGGGUUUAAGAGGGUAUCGACGUCGACUACUUUCUCUUCCUCGGUAAACAGUAUGUUGAGGCUUAAACCAAGGCUAAACAGCCUUAUGAGGUGUCAUAUUGGAGAUGGAAAAGCUAUAAGUUUCUGGUAUGAUUGGUGGACUGAUCUUGGUCCAUUAAUAACAAUCUUUGGUAACAGAGGCGCUCGGGUUUUGCGGAUUCCGUUAAACUCUACUGUCUCUGCAGCUGCGCCGAACGGCUCCUGGUUGCUUCCUCGUGCAAGGUCCGAUGAAGCUGAAACUUUGCAGGUGGUACUCUCUACAAUGCAACCACCUUCUGAUUUGCGUGGAAAAGAUGUUUUCCUGUGGCGAAGUGGUCAUUGUUCCUUUACUACUAAGUUCUCUUCUAAAGCAACUUGGGAAUUUAUUAGGCAACCUGCUCCUUUGGUUCGAUGGAGCAAACUUGUCUGGUUUAAGGAACACAUUCCACGAUGCUCUUUUGUAACAUGGAUGAUAAUGCUCUCUAGGCUGCCUACUAGGGAUAGGUUCCUAUCAUGGGGAAUGUCAGUCUCAGCUCUAUGUCCGCUAUGCUCCAAUCCUCCAGAGUCGCACGCACAUCUCUUCUUUGGCUGCCCUUACUCGGUCGCUGUUCGGUCUCACUUCUCAUGCUGGAUGUUCACAGCUCCACCAGUUUCUCCUGAUGCGGUUCUGCGCAUGCUUGAUCAGGCUCCUUUUGUUUCUUGCUCGGGUGUUCGGUCAAUUAUCAAACUCUUGACACAGGUUGUAGCAUACAGUCUAUGGAGAGAGAGGAACCACCGCAUCUUUAGGCAAAUUUCAUCUUCCGAAGCUGCGACAACCUCCAAAGUAGAUCGUUCAAUGAGGGAUCGUCUCUUGUCAUUCCCUCCCCCACGUGAUGGUGCAGUUUUUUUGUUGCAGCUGUACUUUUCCAUGCACUCUUUGUAUCCGCCUUAG